CUUCUUUCGUUCCGUUCUGUUCCGCUGCUGCCGCCUCGGUUGUUGUUGUUUUUUUAAAGAAAACAACCGGUGGAAGGACGGGGGGGGGGCAGGCGGAGGAAAUAAUAAUAAUAAUAUAUACAGAUAUAUAUAUCUGUGCGAAGUCCCGGAAAAAUUCCCCGAAGCGGCGACGGCGGCAGAGGAGGAGGAGGAGGAGAGACAAUCGGAGGCGGGAGGAGAGCGCUCUGCGCGUCUGGUCUAAUGGACAGCGGACCCAUCAUCACCCAGGUUAGCAAGGAAGAGGUGAACAGUCCUCUGCAGGAGAAAGGUGUUCAGAACCAAACAUCUUCCAAGAAACCCAGGAACCGCAGCAUCUUCCAAUCCCUUUUUUGCUGCCUUUGCCAUGACAACUCAGAGCCUAUCCCUGUCAACAACAAUGCCCCACUGCUGGUGGAAGAAAACGGUUCGGUGACCAAGAGCACAGUGAAAUACCUGUUGCCAGAAAUCAAACCCCAAGAUGCCAGUAAAAUCUGUGUGGUGAUUGACUUGGAUGAGACAUUAGUACAUAGUUCCUUUAAGCCGGUGAACAAUGCAGAUUUCAUCAUCCCAGUGGAGAUUGACGGGGUCAUGCACCAGGUGUAUGUACUGAAGCGACCCCAUGUGGAUGAGUUUCUGAGGCGGAUGGGUGAGCUCUUUGAGUGUGUACUCUUCACUGCUAGCCUGGCAAAGUAUGCCGAUCCGGUGGCUGAUCUAUUGGACAAGUGGGGAGCCUUUCGUGCUCGGCUCUUUCGUGAGUCCUGUGUCUUCCACCGGGGCAAUUAUGUCAAGGACCUCAGCCGCCUGGGACGCGAUCUGACACGGAUCAUCAUUGUAGACAAUUCACCGGCCUCUUACGUCUUCCACCCUGAUAAUGCUGUGCCUGUGGCUUCAUGGUUUGACAACAUGGCUGACACGGAGCUGCUUGACUUGCUGCCUUUCUUUGAAAGACUCAGUAAAGUAGAUGAUGUAUAUACCGUGCUAAAGCAGCACCGGACUACUAGCUAGUGACCAAUGGAGGGGGCAGGGCUUUGGGCAGGGGAAGUCGGAGGGGUAGGUGUGCCCAUUUUGGCUACUUCCUUCUGCUGAGCAGGAUGGCCUGCUCCCUCGGCCUCGACAAGCAACGCAGUGCCCAGGAAACCCUGCAGGAGGCAGCAGAGAGCAAUUAUUCCCAUGAGGCACUAGAAGAAACUUCAGCAUCUGAAUGUGAUCUUGAACCCCAGGAAGGAAACCUCCUUGCUGCUAUGGUUCAGAGUUUCUCCCCUUGAAUUAUGGGUUGCAGAAACCAGGACCUCAGCCCCUUUCCUCUCCACAUACACACAAAACAUCAAAUGUAACCAAAGCUAUGAUCUAGCUAUGGUCCUUUCCCUCCUAAUCAGAACAGUUCUCCACUCGUUUGCCACCAUCUUGGGGGCAGAUACACAAAUCUCUUUCCCAGGUAUUCACUGCACUUCAUUGUUGUAUCUGUGCAUAUAUCUCCAUUGUCCCAACUUCAGGAAAAGUGAUUUCUAAAAUCACUGAUCGGCUAGGAAGAGCCCAGAUUGAAAACAUUCAAGAAAAGGUGGAGAAGAAAAGCUAAAAAGAACAAACAGAACUAAAGUGGUGUGGAUGGAGCAGGGAUACAGAAAACUGAUAGAAAGAUGUGAGGAGGGGGUUGACUUUUUUAGUGGACUCAGCUCCACCCUUAAAGGAGAAAAUGUUUCUGCUUCAUCAAAAGGCUUAAAAUUUAAGCCGAGUCUUUCACAAAGGGGCUGUGGACCGUGUAUAAUAACUAUUACACAUAAGCUAUCUCUUGGGACUAAUAGUGAGGUCAGUUUUGUCUUUUGCUCCUCUUGGAAAUACCUCCCCCCUCCCCUUGUGGGAAAAUUCCUAAAUUUCCAAACACAGUGAGGGGAGAAGAGAGAGAUUGGAAGAAUUCCCAGUUUUAAUCAUUUCCCCCCUCCUGUAAAUUAGAUAAUAGAAGGGUUGGAGAUGUUUCGUAAGGAGGAGAGGGGGGGAAAUCAGGUUUGCUUCUUCCUGCUGAGACUUUGGGCGAAUCAGCUAUGUCACCUUUACUAGCAAGAAAAUAAGACGAGUUGAGUCCCUAUUUUUUUUAAAAAAAAAAUCUCUGGAAAUAGAACUCUCAGGCCACUUAUGUGAUUAUAUUGGGAUAAGGUGGUUCAUGAUACAAACAUUUGCUUAGGAAAGACUUGAGGUGGCAUUGGAAGGCCGAGAAGGGUCUCCUUGAGAUGUGAAAUAUGGCUGACAAGAAAGAAAAUUCUAUGGGAAAGAAAGGAUAGUCAAGUUCUAUAAUUGAGAGAAUCCAAUAUUAAAGAACAGAAGCUGGGAAGCCAUGGUUCCAUAUGUUGCUGAAGAACAUUCCUGGUUUCCUCAGCUGUUAUGAUAUUGAUGAAGGAGGCACAAGGGAUCCUAAAGCAAUAGCUGGAGAGCCACAGAUCCCUCCCACAGCUUAGAGAAAUGAUUAAUGAUCCCGUCCUACAGUAUUUACAUUGAAUGCUUUGGAAUCUUCCUCUUUGCAUCUUCUCCAUAUCGUGUGUCAGCCCUUCCUCCUUCCUCCUCCAGCCUUUAAGCCCUUUUUUGACACUGUCCUUUCAGUGAUACAACAUCAGUCAGAAUUAGACUAAACAGAGAGAUGGGAUGUGGGAGGUGUAUUCAUUCCUUGACCACUGUGUGUGUGUGUGUUUUUUUUGUCUUGUGCUACAGUCGGUGCCUUCAAAUCCCACUGCCUCCCUAGAAAUCUGUAAUCUUUCUGGAUUUGCGGAGUAUGUGGGGCAAACUGUGCCUUUUAGAAUCAACAGACUUGCUGGGAUAGCAUGAGGAAGAGAAAGCAGAGGUCAUGUGCCAAAAGGAGGUGUCUCCAUUUCUGCUGCUUUGUCCACAGUGCUGGGGGGGAGGGGCGCGGUUUCCAUAAGGUGAUGCUUCAGCGAAACUAAGCUGACCCAUCCCUGUGGUUCACAAUGUUUUUUCCUAAUUUUUUUCCAGUAUCUUUGAAGCCUGUUUAAUAGAAAAUUUUGAUACCAAACAAGAAUUUUCUUGGAAUUCUGCCUAGUUACUAUUUCUGGUUAUGGAUUUGCCUUGGUUUCCUCUCCAGUGCCAUCUUAAAUUUGCCUUAAAAUAUUUUCGGGAUGUAAGAAUUCCUUGUGCCUUUGCCCAUUUCUCUUUUUUAUUAUUAUUAAGAUGCCGUAGACCCCAAGAAUCUUAACUCAGGCAUAGGGUACUGCAGAUCUUGGUUGCUCAUUAGUAGCUCAUUUUGAACUUCACUGCUGUCUUCUUCAACAUGAAACAACAAUUAAAUUUACUGUUACAAUGGACCAGAAAUGGUUGAUGUAGCUGAUCACUGCUGGUCUACAUCUGGCCAGACAGUUCUGAUUAACAUACUGCUCCCUCUGAAUAAGAGUGACAGGAUGUUUAGAAACCACAGCUGUCAGAUCAGGUAUGUUUGAAAAUGAUAAUUAAAUUCAGGUCAUCUUUCAACAAUGCAAACUGCAGAUUCCUUGAACAGUAGAUAAACAUAUUCCUUUUUUAUUUUAUUUUUAUUCUCCCCCCCCCCCCCAAAAAAAAAAAGAACCAUUAAAAAAACAGCAUUGUUCUAACAAUCUGAAGCGAGUGGAAGAAAGGAAAUAUAAUGGACAGUCAAAGAAGAGAAGCUUUGUUUUUCCUUAAGACUACUGUCAUCAUCUUUUUUCCUUCCUUCUUCUUCUUAUAGGUAUGGCAUCGAUUGCUAGUACUGUAUGGAAAGACCGUGUAGGUCUAAGGUCUUUAGCAGUCCUUGAGAAAUUGAACCUGGCGAUUUUCUCAAUGGCUUGCCAGAUUUGCACUUCCUGGAUAAACAUGCAUUGAAACACUGAAAAUAUGCAUUGAAUAACUUUCUCCAGAUUUUAUAGUUCUUCAAAUGUUGUGUCACGGUUUUCAGCAGCGAAACUGUUUCGAAACACAUUUUAAAAUGUACAGUAUUUCUAAAAUAUUUUUUUUUAAAUUGAUGUGAGGCAAAAGUAAAAUGUAGUGCAAAAUGAUCUUUAAUCAUUCCAUAUGAUCUUUUAAGCCAAUCUAUAUUAAUGUCAGGUUGAAUUAACAAGGAAUACUCUUGUGAUGUUUUAAGGCUGGUUUUUGUUAUUUCUCCAACCACAGAAACGCCUGUGGGGGCAAAAAAAAAUAUGGUUACAAUUUAUGCACACACCGUUGGGCAGAAAACUGUUUUAAGAGUGAACUUUCUAUUGUGUAAACUUAGACUGCAUAUUUCUUUGCUGCUUCAAUGGAUCAUCUUGAUUUAAGGAUGGAAUCAACCUCCUUUGGCCUGUACAUAGUUUUUCCAUUGGAGUAGCUAAAUUUGGCCUGAACUGUAUCUUUUUUUUUUUCCUUUUCUCACCCUACCUCAGUUGCCUCCUUAAUGCUGUGUUCGAUGGUAUAAAUUGAGAACAUGAGAAAUUGCUUCAUUCUGGCAGGACCAAGAAAUAUUUCCUCCUUCCCUACCCCCAAAGAGGCCAAAGGCCAACUUGGACCCAUUAGCUCCCACAAACCAAAAGAUUCCCUUUAAAGAUUAAUCCAAAUUCUGUGUAGGGAGUUGCCCAGUACACCCCAUUGUGGGGUGGGAAUGGCUUUUUUUAUUUUAUUUACAGAAUGUAGAAAGAAUUUUAACUGGGCAUGCUUUUAGAUCAUAUAAAUAUGUAUACCAUGUAUAUAUGUGUGUAUAUAUUAAUAGGAAAAAUAGGAAAAUGUGGAAUGGGAAAAAGUAUGAUGAUUUUUUUAUUGCUGUAUUAUAAUGCUGUUCAUGGGAGAUGGUGAUUAUUUUUGUGUGCUUUGUUGUCAUUUCUGAUAUAAAAGGAAAUGCAUUGGGAAUGUUUUCUGCCCAUGAGUUGAUACUUCUAUUGAGAAAGCCUCUGCCGUUUUUACCAAGUGCCUGAAACCUUCCCAGUCCUUCUUUGAGGCAAAGGAAUGAAAUAAUCCACACAGUAUUGGUCAGGGCCAGUGUUACUAGCCACAUUGGCUAAGAGUUAACAUGAGACUAAGUCAGUGGUCUCAUUCCACAGAAAAACUCAUUUUUUUCAUCUGCAUCAAAUAUACAAAGCCCCAAAUUGUUCCGUGGAAGAGAAAUAACUUCUUUCUCUUCUUUCUACUUUCCUUUUUCACAUAUUUGUGCUUUUAUUCCCUUUUCCCUUCUCCACUGCUUUCUGUCCCCACUGGAGACUGGUUCUCAUACCAAACCACCCCAUCAUAAUCUUUUAAGGUAACAGCAAACAAGCCCCUUUUUAAACAGCUGCUUGAGCGACGCCUCUCUCACUUUCUCCACAGAGUUUCUUCCCACAUCCUGUUUCAUUUCUUGAAUUAGGAAGGCUAACGGUUCAGUGCCAGCGAGCCAGUUUUGAUUCUAACAAGAGUAUUUGAAAACUCAGCACUUCACUGGGAUUGUUUCUCAGUGCCAGUUUGAGGGCUCCAAAGAGCUACACAAAUCUCCAUCUAGAUAUUUCAAGGAACCGAGAUAGGUUGGCUACUACACCAUGCUCCUGGAGUUUCUGAAGUGGCUGAAUAAGAUGCCACAUCCCCAUCUUCUCACAUUAUUCAUGUUACUAGUUCUCCUCCCCGUGAAUGGAGAAAUGAUUCCCCAUUCAGGUUUUUCAGGCUGUCUCUCUUUCUCUCUCUCUCUCUCUGAAGACCACAAGCUGAAUCUUUAAUCAUGAAGGAGAGUGUGUGAUAAAAUUGCCAAUUGAAAGUGCCUUCUUGUGGGAGUCAAAACUGUAAAAUAAUAUCUGAAGAAAAAAAAA